ACCCAAGAGAAGGGAAAGGAGAUGGAAGAGCAGGACCCAGAAGGACCUGGAACAGGCAAGACAGCAAGGAAAAGCCCCCAUCCCAUCCAACCUGGAAGUGGUGCUGAAUUCUGGGAAAGAGCUGUGCCAGAGAUCUUGGCUAAGGACACCAUGACCUCAGAUGUUCAUUGCGAGUGUUUCCAACAGUUCCGCUACGAUGAGGCUGAUGGGCCCCGAGAGGUUUGCAGCCAGCUCCAUGGGCUUUGCAGCCAGUGGCUGGAGCCGGAGAGGCACACCAAGAAGCAGAUCGUGGACCUGGUGAUCCUGGAGCAGUUCCUGACUCUCCUGCCCCAGGAAAUGCAGGGCUGGGUCAGAGGAUGUGGGCCGGAGACCAGUUCCCAGGCGGUGGCCCUGGCCGAAGGUUUCCUCCUGAGCCAGGCAGAGGAGAAGAGGCAGGCAGGGCAGAUGUGGGGACCAUCUGUGAAGAUGGAAGCGGAAUUCUCUGAGGAGGAAGGGUCUCCCUUGGAGGAAGAGCAGAAGGCGCAGGCCCAGGAGCGUGCCCAAGAGGCCCUCUCACAUGGCAGUGAAGAGACGGUGCUGAGUCUUUGUGGAGGAGCGGAAACGGCUGCCGCCCCUGCAGUCCAGCAGGAGAUGUUAAAGAGCCAGUUGGGGAAUUUCAUGGGUUCCCACUGGAAAAAGCCAAGACUGCACAAGCUGAAGGAAACUUCGAGAACAGAGAUGAACCACAGAGGCAGGAAGGAAACCGUACAGCAAAAAGGGGAAUUAAGACCAUUCCUUGCCAAGGAAGCAGCUUCCAUGAAAUCCCAGUCUCCAGCCGUCACCAACGGACUCCUUCAGGAGUGA